AGUGAGGCGCCCGCGAGAGGGCCCGGCGACGGGAAGCGGGCGCCCGAAAGCCAUGUCCCGGGAAUUGUUAUCUUUUACUGAUGUGGUUAUAAACUUCUCUCAAGAUGAAUGGGAACGGCUGAAUUUUUCACAAAAGACUUUGUAUAAGAAGGUGAUGUUGGAGAACUACAGGAACCUGGUUUCUGUGGGUCUUUGCAUUUCAAAACCUGAUGUGAUUUCCUUACUGGAGCAAGGUAAAGCACCAUGGACGAUGAAAGGAGAGAUAAUAAGAGAUUUGGAGUACGUCCAAAUGUUCAAAGAACUAUCUUCAAACAAAAAUGUUUAUGAAGAAAAGCUACCUCAUGUUGGUAUUAUGGGAAGACUGUCAGGCUAUGAUCUUGAAUGUUUUACAUUAGGAGAUUGGAAAUGUGAAGACUGGUUUGAGAGGGAGAGGGUAAGUCAUAUGACACAUUUUAAGCAAGAGACUCUCACUCAAAAAAAUACUCCUAUUGAGGAAAGAGACAUAAUGAACUCAUUAUCUUAUAUAAAACAGAUAUUGCCGAUGGAAGAGAGUUUAUAUAAUUUUGAUGCAGAUAAGAAAGGCUUAAAAACCCAUUCAUUUUCUAAAAAAGAUAGGACCGUUUUUGGAGAAAAGAAACUUUUGAAAUGUAAUAACUGUGAGAAAACUUUUAGCAAAAUCUCCACACUUACUCUCCACCAAAGAGUUCAUACUGGAGAGAAACCCUAUGAAUGUAUUGAAUGUGGGAAAGCCUUUAGCCAGAGUGCCCACCUAGCUCAACAUCAAAGAAUACAUACGGGAGAAAAACCCUUUGAGUGUACUGAAUGUGGGAAAACCUUCAGCCAGAAUGCACACCUUAUUCAACAUCAGAGAGUUCAUUCUGGAGAAAAACCUUAUCAGUGUAAGCAGUGUAAUAAAGCCUUCAGCCAACUUGCACAUUUGUCUCAACAUCAAAGAGUUCAUACUGGAGAGAAACCCUAUGAAUGUAAUGAAUGUAGGAAGGCUUUUAGUGAUUGUUCAUCCCUAGCUCAUCAUCGAAGAAUUCACACUGGGAAAAGACCUUUUGAGUGUAUUGAAUGUGGGAAAGCUUUCAGACAGAAUGCCUCUCUUAUACGUCAUCGCAGGUACUAUCAUACUGGAGAGAAACCCUUUGAUUGUAUUGAUUGUGGGAAAGCUUUCACAGAUCACAUAGGGCUUAUUCAGCAUAAGAGAAUUCAUACUGGAGAGAGACCUUACAAGUGUAGUGUGUGUGAAAAGGCUUUUAGCCAUGGCUCAUCUCUGACUGUACAUCAGAGAAUUCACACAGGAGAGAAACCUUAUGAAUGUGGUAUCUGUGAGAAAGCCUUUAGUCAUCGUGGCUCACUCACCCUGCAUCAAAGAGUUCACACUGGAGAGAAGCCCUAUGAAUGUAAUGAGUGUGGGAAAGCGUUUCGGCAGAGCACACACCUUGCUUAUCAUCAACGAAUUCAUACUGGAGAGAAACCUUAUGAAUGUAAGGAUUGUAGAAAAACCUUCAGCCAGAAUGCACACCUUAUCCAACAUCAGAAAAUACAUACUGGAGAGAAACCUUAUGAAUGUAAGGAAUGUGGCAAGGCCUUCAGUCAAAUUGCACACCUUGUUCAACACCAAAGAGUUCAUACUGGAGAAAAGCCUUAUGAAUGCAUUGAAUGUGGGAAGGCAUUUAGUGAUGGUUCAUAUCUUGUUCAACAUCAGAGACUUCACACUGGCAGAAGACCAUAUGAUUGUCUUGAAUGUGGAAAAGCAUUCAGACAGAGGGCUUCCCUUAUCUGUCAUCAAAGGUGUCAUACAGGUUUGAAACCUUAUGAAUGCAAUGUUUGUUGGAAAGCCUUUGGCUAUCGUAAAUCCCUUACUUUACAUCAACGAAUUCAUACUGGCGAGAAACCUUACAAGUGUAAGGAAUGCAGCAAAGCCUUCAGCCAGAUUGCACAUCUGACGCUCCAUAAGAGAAUUCAUACUGGAGAAAGACCCUAUGAAUGUAAAGAUUGUGGGAAAGCCUUCAGGCAAAGUGUACAUCUUGCUCAUCAUCAACGACUUCAUACUUGAG